CCAAGGCUCAGUGUGAGACUGUUCCUGAGUGACACUGUGAUCUGUAAUCAUUAUAGAUAUGGCAUCGUUGUGGCUACGGGAUCUGAUUCAAUAUCGUGGCCUCUUAUUGAUGAUUUUCGUUCUGGGUAUUGGAGGCUCCUUCCAGUACGGGUUCCAUAUCUCUGUUUUGAACUCUCCCUCUCUUUUUAUAAAGGAGUUCAUCAAUGACACAUGGAUACAUCAUUACAGCAAACCCAUGGGGGAAGAUUCACUGAGGAUUCUUUGGUCAUUCAUUGUAUCAAGUUACUGCAUUGGAGGCAUGCUAGGGUCUCUGUGGUCUGGAUAUUUCACAUCUAAAUAUGGAAAAAAGCGGUGCCUGAUCUAUAGUGACCUAAUCCCAAUAGCAGCGGCGCUUUUAGUUGGCUGCAGUAGAACUUCCAAGUCAUUUGAGAUGAUACUGAUUGGUCGCUUUCUUUAUGGUAUAAAUGCAGGGUUUGGUUUAAACAUCCACUCUCAGUAUGCAGGGGAAAUUGCACAUAAGAAACUACGUGGAUUUACCAACACAAGUAUCUCCAUCUUUGUAACAAUUGGAAAACUGAUGGGUCAGAUUCUUGGACUCAGUGAAAUAUUGGGCACCAAGUCGAAGUGGCCUCUUCUCUUGGGUCUGAAUGGCAUGUGUGCCCUGGUUCAGAUGGUUGCACUCCCAUUUUUCCCUGAAUCACCAUACCUCCUGAUUGAGAGAAAUGACAAGGAUGGCUGUAUGAAAGCCCUGAAACAGCUGUGGGGAGACAGAGACCAUGAGAGAGAGCUAGAGGAUAUGAUGAAAGAGCAAACUGCUCGCAAGAGCGACCAAAGUCUAACUGUCAAGGGCUUGCUGGAGGACCGUUCUCUACGCUGGCAGAUAUACAUGCUCAUUGCUUUGACUAUCGCUCUGCAGCUGUGUGGAGUCAAUGCUAUUUAUUUUUAUGCUGCAGUUGUGUUUGAAGCAGCAAAAUUUGAUUUCUCGCAAAUCCCAUAUCUAACAAUAGGGAUCGGUGUGUGUGAGUCUUCAUCUGUGAUUCUAUGUAGUCUACUGGUUGAUCGUUUUGGCAGAAGGGUUUUGCUGUUGGGUGGAUAUAUAGCCAUAGUGUUGAGCCUAAGUCUCCUUAUAGUGACCCUCUCACUGCAGGACACAUACAUGUGGUUGCCUUAUUGCAGUGUGAUGCUAAUCUUCCUGUAUGUUUUAUCCUUUGGGACAGGACCAGGGGCAACAACUAUGACCAUCAUAGUGGAAAUUUUUCCCCAGGAAGCCAGAGCAGCAGCAUUUGUUAUUGUGGGAAUAAUAAACUGGAUUGGACUGUUUGUCAUUGGCAUGGUCUUCCCACUUGUGGAGGCAACUCUAGGGCCAUUCUGCUUCCUCGUCUUCAUCACAAUCACAGCAGCUUGUGCAGUAUUUCUGUAUAUUUACCUCCCAGAAACAAAAGGAAAAUCUGCAUUGGAGAUUAAAGAGGACAUCAAUAAAGACAACCUUCGGAAGAAGAACCAUCUAGAGAUUCCUAAACACCUCAGUAAUAUCUCUGUGUUAUCCACCAAACUGUAAUCAACUUUCCUGUUAUCCUAAACAACCUCACAAUAUUAAUGAGAAUAAAAGAGUUCACAUGUGUUUCACAUA